AAUGGUUGCAUGGAAUUCUAAUUUUAAAACAAUUUGAAAAUGAUUCUAUUAUUGAUGAUGGUAGGAAUGCAUUUGUAGAUGAUGAAAUCAACAAGGAAACUGAUGAUUCUCAAUAUGAUAUUAGGAAAGACAAAACAAAAAAAAAUAAUGAUGAUGAUAAGGUAAAAACAUUAAGCUUAUUGAAAACACCAAUACAUGUGGCUGUUGCAACUGAACAAAAACUUGUCACAGAUAAGUCAACUGAAGAUGAAUCAAGUUUUAUAUCACCAUUAUCAAUUUCAAAAAAGUCAACUGAAGAUGAAGAUAAAAAAAUAGAUGUACCUAUCAUGCCAAUCACAAUAUCUGAAAGUUCUGCCUCAAGUUCUACUAUCACUUCAAUUAAUACUAAUGAAAUCGUGAAUGAUGUAGUGGUUAAUAAUUCGAUAAAAAACUUACUAAGUUCAGGAGAAGACUUAGAAACAAUCUAUCAAAAAGUUUUACAAUGUUUAUCAUUAAGUAACAUUAGAGUUCAAUCCAUUGAAUCAAGGAUUAACGACCUAACUAAUUGGAAAUAUACAGAUUGGACAAGAAUUUUGAAGACCGAGGACAGAGAUAUGCUGACUCGCACUUUUCAGAAAAAAAUAUUAAAAAAUUCAAUAGAUAACAAUGUAUUAAAAAUUAUAAAUGAUAGUGGGCUAGUACUGGUACAAAAAAAUUUAAAAAAUUUAGAAGAGUUAAAGUCUAAGCUAGCACAAAUUGUAGACUCUGAAGAUGCAGUUUUGACCUCAUUGAUCCUAGAUUUUUUACUACACCUCAAGAAUAAUACUUUCUUGAUGACUGAUUUACUUGAGGAAUUUGGCAGCAUGUUUGAAGUCUUUGGGAUUGAAAAAAUCUCUGAAUCAACAAAUGCAAGAAAGAGACGAAAAAUCCACCCUGAGUACACUUUAUUUGGAAAUAGUUCAAUGAAAUUAGAUAUGAUUGUUGAACUCUGA